CAAGCGGGAGCCGGAGGCCCCGGGCUCUCUGGGCCGCGCCUGAGGCGGACACUACGGGGCCGGGGGGCGGCGGCGGCACUGGUGGCAGCGGCGGCGGGGGUGGGCGCCGCAGCUGGCCCGGGUGGAUGGAGUUGGAGGGGCGGGGUGCUGGCGGUGUGGCGGGGGGGCCGGCGGCAGGGCCCGGGCGGAGCCCCGGGGAGUCGGCGCUGCUGGACGGGUGGCUGCAGCGGGGCGUGGGCCGGGGGGCCGGCGGCGGGGAGGCCGGGGCCUGCAGGCCGCCGGUACGUCAAGAUCCGGACUCCGGCCCGGACUACGAGGCGCUGCCGGCUGGAGCCACUGUCACCACGCACAUGGUGGCAGGCGCCGUGGCAGGGAUCCUGGAGCACUGCGUGAUGUACCCCAUCGACUGCGUCAAGACCCGGAUGCAGAGUCUACAGCCUGACCCAGCUGCCCGCUAUCGCAAUGUGUUGGAAGCCCUCUGGAGGAUUAUAAGAACGGAGGGCCUAUGGAGGCCCAUGAGGGGGCUGAACGUCACAGCAACAGGCGCAGGGCCUGCCCACGCCCUUUAUUUUGCCUGCUACGAAAAGUUAAAAAAGACAUUGAGUGAUGUAAUCCACCCUGGGGGCAAUAGCCAUAUUGCCAAUGGUGCGGCCGGGUGUGUGGCAACAUUACUUCAUGAUGCAGCCAUGAACCCUGCAGAAGUGGUCAAGCAGAGGAUGCAGAUGUACAACUCACCAUACCACCGGGUGACAGACUGUGUACGGGCAGUGUGGCAAAAUGAAGGGGCCGGGGCCUUCUACCGCAGCUACACCACCCAGCUGACCAUGAACGUUCCCUUCCAAGCCAUUCACUUCAUGACCUAUGAAUUCCUGCAGGAGCACUUUAACCCCCAGAGACGGUACAACCCAAGCUCCCACGUCCUCUCUGGAGCUUGCGCAGGAGCUGUAGCUGCCGCAGCCACAACCCCACUGGACGUUUGCAAAACACUGCUCAACACCCAGGAGUCCUUGGCUUUGAACUCACACAUUACAGGACAUAUCACAGGCAUGGCUAGUGCCUUCAGGACGGUAUAUCAAGUAGGUGGGGUGACCGCCUACUUCCGAGGGGUGCAAGCUAGAGUAAUUUACCAGAUCCCCUCCACAGCCAUAGCGUGGUCUGUGUAUGAGUUCUUCAAAUACCUAAUCACUAAACGGCAAGAAGAGUGGAGGGCCGGCAAGUGAAGUAGCACUGAACGAAGCCAGGGGUUCAGAUGACACUGCUGCAUCCUGCUCACAUUCUCUGUCUCCUGGAAUGCUCCCGCCUCAAGUGGAGUUAGAAGGAAGGUAGAGGGGCUCUCCCCCAGGAUUUUGGUGUUUCGACUAACACCAGUUCCUGCCAACCUCUGUUGCCACCACCUUUCCUUCCAGGCCCUAAGCACGUGCAGCAAAGCACACCACAGCACCUUUGAUAACCUCUCUCCAUCCUGGGCCUGACGACCUGCUCUAGACUGUUAUAGAGGGAUAAGCAGCUCAUUCCCCUGGUUCCUAAUAAAAAGCCUUUAAAUUAAA